AUGCAGCUAAGGUGCCAAGGGGACGAAUCCGUGCAACUGGAACCAGAAGUGCAGGAAAAGUGUUUGGGACCUAAUACAAAACCAGAAUUAAAAUGUGACAUGUGUUUAUUUGAAACAAAUGUAGAAGAGGAAUAUAAUGUUCACUCUGAAAUACACAAUACCAAAAUAUGUCCUUACUGUAAUUUACAGUUUAUAUCGAAUAUGGUUUUGCAAGGGCAUGUGCUUGCCAAACACAAACGACUAAAUAUUCUCGAGAAGAAAAUAGCCUUUACAUACCAGUGCACCCGUUGUACUUUUGCCACCAUAAGUUUAGGGAAAUAUGCAAAGCAUGUGACAUUAUGUUUAUGUGAAAUAUAUUACUGCAGAAAAUGUAAAUUUAAAACAUCAGAUGCAAAAACUUAUAAAACCCAUAGGACAAAAUGUACACCUAAGACGACAGACAUAAAAACGUAUAAUAUGCGUGAAAUAAGUUGUUCGCAAUGUUCCUACACAACGAAAAUACAAAAGGACUUUGAGCUGCACUACAAAAAACAUCUCGAUGAAAACUUAACGUGCCCUUAUUGCGAGUUAAAAGUGACGAAGUCGCGUGAUUUGCAACAACAUGUUUUUUGCACUCAUAAGCAACAAAACGAAGUUGAAAAGAAAGUGGAAGUUGCCAUAACCUCGUUAAAUUGCAAAAAGUGCUCUUUUAAGACAGUGAGGAAAGACCUUUACGAAACACACGUACAAUUGUGUGAAGAGAGAUUGGACAUCGACGUAAAACAGGAAAUUCUUGUCUGUCCUUAUUGUGAUUUUCUAGCUGCUUCCACGUUAAGCCUAAAAUUGCACGUAUGCAAAAGUCAUAAGCAACAAAAUAACGUCGAAAAGAAAGUUGAUACUAGCAUUAAAAAGUAUUAUAUAUCGUGUAAUAAAAACGAUAAUAAACAGCUGCAUUUUUUAAAAAAGCACGUGCUAACUAAACGUAGAGAACAAAAUGGGGCCGAGAAAAACUUGGAGAAUCGUCCUAUUGAAGAAAAGCAUCAUUAUUGCCCCUACUGCCACUAUAAGUCCAUAUUUAACUUUCACCUUCAAAGACAUGUUUAUAGAGACCAUAGGGAACAAAAUGAGAAAGAAAAGAAAGUCAAGAUAACAAUUAAAAUUAAUUAUUGCGACAAUUGUAACUACAGUUAUACAGAUUACGCGGAAUUUCGGCGGCACGCUAAGAAAUGUACGAAGGGGCCAUUAUUCCAAUGUCCUGAUUGCAUUUUCAGUACCAACUCAGAGGAAAAACAUAAUAUACACGUUAAAUAUAAUACUAAUUUUGAACUUACCUGUUCUUCUUGCCCUUUUACCUCCAAAUGUCGACCUUCAUAUUAUAUUCAUAGAGAGAAACAUAGGAAAAUUGAGGUAAAGGAAGUAGUAUUGCUGCAUUGUCCCGAUUGCUCUUACAGUACCAACUGCAAGAAAAAAAAUGAAUUCGCACGGGAAUUUUUGGAACAUAAGAAAAAACACAUGAAGUUGGAAGUCUGUCCUUACUGUAAAUAUUCGGCAUACAAUAAUCAAGUCAUGCAGAGACAUGUGCACAAUAAUCACAAGGAGCAAAAUGAUGUUGAGAAUAAAGUCAAAAUUACCGGCAAGGUUUUUUAA